CGGGAAAAGUAAUCAAGACCUAAAAUCCCAUUUUAAAGUACCGGUCAGAAUUAGGGCUAAGGAUUCUAGGGUUUCCUUUAGAUUCUCUCCAAUGAACGAGGAGACGACGAAGAACGCGGGGAUCAGGGGGACCAUCGAUCUCGCCCCUCGAGAUCCACCGUCGAUUUCCGAUCUAACGGAUCGAGUUCAUCUCCUCCCUUGCUCGAUCAAGCUCGACGGUCCCAGUGAAAUCUCUCACUACUUCAAGCCUCGAGACACAGAGGUUGUUGUGGAUGGAUUGAGCGUAAAAGAGGCUUAUUUUAGGGGGAGGAAGCUGCUUGGAGCCACUGUUCCAAUUCCUGAAGGGUUUAAAGGGUAUGUGUUGGAUAAGAAGAAACUAAAGAAAGGGAAGAUAACAGAGAGUUUGGAAGGUGAUUUUGGCCAAUGGGAAUCUCGGGCUGAAUUUGGGAACAUUACAUAUUGGAACCAUGAUACUCACCCUUCAGCUGAUGAUCCUCUUUUGCGCUGUUUUCAUUGGUUUUCUGUAGCUGAUGCGCUGCAUAAACCUAUUACUACUGAAGAGUUGGCUUCCUAUUCAACAGCUUCAGAAAAGGCCCAAACUUGAGCAACUUUUGGGAGUGACUUCACUUCUACUGCAAGGAGAAUUUUUCCCUUUUGUUACUCACAUCCUACUUCAUAUGCUGCUAAUCUUGAUAGUGCCGGAGAAUCUUAAGGCACAAAGAACCCUUGUGGAGCAUCAAUCGUUAUUUGUGUAGAUAUCUUUUAGUGAUUCACUUCUUUACAUGUAGCAGGAUUCCUAGCGAAUGUUGUCGGAAAGUCACUGGAAUGGAUCUUCCGAAAACAUCCAGGAACUGGUGGGAUGUAGCUUGACAAUGUUGAGGGUAGCCACUUGUCUCUGCCUCUGCCAUUUUGACUUCUUUUCAUUUGGUAUGUAGACUCAAAGAAAUGUUGUCAAAUGUUGUAAGAGGGUGCUGGAUAUAACUGCUAUUAGCUUGAUUAUCAGCAAUGUAUUAUGGAUUUCUUAACAAAUUUUGUGUUUAUUCCUUUAGCUAUUCUGUACUUUGUAAAAUCUCUAUAUCUGAUCUGACUUUAUGAAUCAGGAAUUUCCUUUCAGUUC